AAUUUCGCUAUGAUUGGACGUCCGUUUCAUUCUUGUCUGAAGUAGGUGUUUCCGAGGCUGUGAGGGACAGAUCGGACACAGAGCGAGACGAAAGAAGCUGCGACAGGAAAAUGGCUGACAGAUUCUCUCGCUUCAACGAGGAUCGUGAUUUCCAGGGGGGAAAUCACUUCGAUCAGUAUGAGGAGGGCCAGUUGGAGCUGGAGCAGGCCUCUCUGGACAAGCCCAUAGAAUCGGAUAAUAUUGGGCACCGGCUCCUGCAGAAGCAUGGCUGGCGACUGGGACAGGGCCUGGGCAAGAGCAUGCAGGGGCGCACGGACCCUGUGCCCAUCACCCUCAAAUAUGACGUCAUGGGAAUGGGACGUAUGGAGAUGGAGCUGGACUAUGCGGAGGACGCCACAGAGAAGAGGCGAGCGCUGGAGGUGGAGAAAGAGGACACAGAGGAGCAGCGCCAGAAGUACAAGGAUUUCGCUGAAAAGGAGAAAGCAAUCGCCAAAGCCUUGGAGGACCUGAGGGCAAACUUCUACUGUGAGCUCUGUGACAAGCAGUACCAGAAGCACCAGGAGUUCGACAACCACAUCAACUCCUACGACCACGCCCACAAGCAGCGGCUGAAGGAGCUGAAGCAGCGGGAGUUUGCGCGGAACGUGUCGUCGCGCUCGCGCUUCCGGAAGGACGGGAGGAAGCAGGAGAAGAUGCUGCGCCGGCUGCGCGAGCUGGCCGAGCUGAGGAAGCGUCCCAGCCGGGCUCCUGGCAGCGGCCCCAUGUUUAAACCCACGACCGUGGCGGUCGAUGGCGAUAACGCGGAGGAGGCCACCGGCGGCCUGGAGGGCGUCCCCAUGGCGAUGGACUGCGCGUCGGGGGAGGGGUCGUCCGGCGAGGAGAAGGCGGCGUCCCCCAUGCGAAUGCCCCCCAUCAGCUUCACGCUGGGCAAGGCCGGCCCCUCCCCCGCCCCGAACGCCUCCCUCGCGCCCAAGGUCAGCAUGUCCUUCGCGCCCAAGGUCAGCGUGUCCUUCUCCUUCGCCAAGAAGGCCCCCGUCAAGCUGGAGACCGCCGCCGCCGCUUUCGCCGACCAGGCCGAGGAGGCGGAGGAGGGGCAGGAGGCGCAGGAGGGGCAGGAGGGGCAGGAGGGGGACAAGGCCGGGGAGGAAGCAGCCGCGGUGGCCCCCACCCCCGGGAGCCCCGGGCAGGGGGCCGAGGAGGAGGAGCAGCAGCAGCCCCAGACGGACGACGGGGGGUCCCUGGCCUCCACCCUGUCCAAGCUGAAGAUGAUGAUGAAGAAGGGGGAAGGCGCCUCGGGCCAGGAGCCCCAGUAUUACCACUACAUGCCGCCCGCCCACUGCCGCGUCAAACCCCACUUCCAGUUCCUGCUGUUCAUGAAGGCGUCGGACGAGACCGCAGGCCCGGAGGAGGAAGAGGCGGGCAAGGGGGCGGCGGCCUCUGAAAAGGGGGCGGGAACUUCUGAAAAGGGGGCGGCGGCCUCUGAAAAUGGGGCGGUGGCCUCUGACAAGGGGGCGGUGGCCUCUGAAAAGAGGGCAGCGGUCUCAGAAAAGGGAGUGGUGGCUGUUGAAAAGGGGGCGGGGAGCACGGAAAAGAGGACAGCGGCCAACGCCAAGAAGAAGCAGCCCAAGGUCACCGAGGGGAACCCGGGGAAGAGCCCGGGGGACACUCCCGAACCUCAGGCGGUGGCGCCCGACGCCGUAACCAAGGCGCCCGCAGUGAAGGUGGAGGACGGUGUCGAGAGCUCCCCGGGGCCUGGCCCCCCUCCCCCAGAGAGAGCCGCGGCAGACUGCGGCCAGCAGGGGGCGCUAGAUGCGCCUGGUGGCCCCCACUCGGGGCCCCGGGUUCCGACGGGCCCCUUCUUCCCGGUCCUCGGCAAGGACGAGAGCACCACCCUGCAGUGGCCCUCGGAGCUGCUGGAGUUCACCCAGGCCCAGCCGCCCCUGUCCUACAGCUGCAACCCGCUCUACUUCGACUUCAAGCGCUCCCGAAACAAAGCGCCCCGCGCCCAGGGGCCCGCCAGACCGGCCGGGGAGGGGCCCGCAGGGGACGCCCCCACCACCAGCGCCACCGCCGCCACAGCCGCCGCCACCGCCAGGGAGACCCCGGGGGCCAAGACGGGCGGAAAGGACGACACGGGCGUGAAGGAAGAGGGCGGGGAGGACGAGGAGAACCCGCAGAACAGCAAGAAAAAAAAAAAAAAGAAGAAGCACAAGAAGUCCGUGAAGAGCUGUAAGAGCAAAGGGGCGGAGAAGGAGGCGGGGGAAGGGGCGGGGGAGGGGGAGGGGGAGGGAGGAGUCGAGACCACGGGAGAAAAAGCGAAGAAGAAGAAGAAGAAGAAGAAACACAAAAUUAAGAAAAACAAGAACAGAGCCUCGGGUGCAGAGGAGGAGGUAGCGGAGGAACGAGAGGAGGAGAAGAAGGAGAAAGAGAAGGAGAAAGAGAAGGAGGCAGCGGGGCCAGUGGAAGGCACGGAGAGCAGGAAGAGGAAGUGUCCCCCGAGGGAGGAGCCGGAGAAGUCGGGGGCCAAAGAGGGGGCGGCUCAGGAGACGGAGAUGCCCAAGUCUGAGGAGCACAACGGCCCCAAACGGCACAGGCCCAACGCCGGCCCGACCGCCGCCGCCCCCGCCCCCGCCCCCGCCCCCCCUCCCGCCGCCACCGCGAGGAAGAGCUCCGGGCGCGGCGGGCGGCCCAGCAGCGGGAGCGAGGAGGAAGGGGGGUCGCGCCGCCGCAGGUCCACCCCCCGGCAGCGUCGCCACCGUCGCCAUGGCAGCCGGGACUCUCCGCGGUCCCGCAGCGGCUCCUCCCGCCGGGGCCGGCGCCGGGCCACCCGCAGCCGCUCGUACUCCAGCAGCUCGGAGCGCUCGACAGCGGGGAGCAGCCCCGACAGCCGCCGCCGCCGCCGCCGCCACAGGCACAGCUCCUCGGGCAGCCGCAGCGACUCCGGCGGGCGGGCCGGCGGGCGGCGCCGAUCCAAGCGCUCCUCCGGCUCCGACUCGGAGCCCUCGCCGCGACGCGGCUCUUCCUCCCGCCGCCGCUACUCCUCUUCCUCCUCCUCCUCCUCAUCGUCGUCGUCGGCGGCGGAGUCGCGCAGCCGAUCGCGGGGCCGGCGGCGGCGGCGGCGGGGGCGGGGCCGCAGCAGCUCCCGCAGUUCCAGCAGCCAGUGCAGCCAGCGCAGCCAGCGCAGCCGACGCAGCCGAAGCAGUCGCAGUCGCAGCAGCGCGCGGUCCUGGCGCCGGAGCAGCCGCAGCUCGUCCAGCUCCGCCAAGGGCUCCCCCGCCUCCCGCCACCCCCGACCCCACCACCGCCGCGAAGGCUCCGCCCACCGGCGCGACUUCAACCGCUCCCGCAUCUACCGGUCCCAGUCCCCCCGCUCGUCCUCCUCGUCCCGCGCCCCGCCCCGCCGGGACUCCGCCCGCAACGCCGCCGGCGCCGCCCCCAACCCCUCCUCUUCCUCCUCCUCCGCGGUGGCGAAGGGCGGCAGGGCGGCCGCGGGGUCCAGGGGCGGGGGCGGCGGGCCGAGGAGCCUGCUGACCGCCCGGCAGCUCCUGGAGCGGAUCCAGUCCCGCAAGAGCGGCGAGGAGGGCGGCGCCGCCACCGCCGCGGGCGCCAAGCCGGGCGCCAAGGUCAAAGACCCGCCGCAGGGCUACUUCGGGCCCAGGCUGCCCCCCGCCCUGGGCAACAAGGCCAUGCUGCCCCUGUUCGGCAAGAAGCCCUCGCUGCUGGCCUGCCUGCAGCGGCCCGACCCCGCCGAGAAGGCGGGCGGGGCCGGGAGCUCGGAGGCGGGCGAGGUGAUCCUGGUGCAGCCCAUCCGCGAGUUCCCCCCGCCCCCUCUGCCCCGGCAGGCGGAGGUGAGCGCGGCGGGCGAGGCCGUGCAGGAGGCCGAGGAGCAGCCGGAGGUCCGGGUCCCCGCCCCGGAGGCGCAGCCCCUGCUGGAGGCGCCGCUGUUCGACCCGGAGGGCGUCGCCCUGGCCCCGCCCUUCCACGCCGACCCGGGACGCGAGGGGCCCGACCCCAUGCUGGAGCCCCUCCUGCAGGGCAUGCCUCCGCACCCCUACCCCCGCUACCCCCCUCCCAGCCUGGAGGAGGAGGAGGAGGAGGACAUGGGCGUGGAGGUGGGGGAGGAGGACGACCUGGCGCCGCUGGAGAGCCAGCCAAUCACCUUCACCCCCGAGGAGAUGGAGAAGUACGGCAAGCUGCAGCAGGCCGCCCAGGAGCACAUCCAGCAGCAGCUGCUGGCCAAGCAGGUCAAGGCCUUCCCCGCCGCCGCCGCGGCCGCCGCCGCCGCCAGCAUGGCCCCGCCCCAGCCCACCCUGCAGCAGAUCCACAUCCAGCAGCCGGCGGUGUCCGCCGCCUCGCUCACCAGCGUGCAGCACGCCCUCCUGCAGCACCACGCGGCCACCGCCGCCGCCGCCAUGGGCCUCCACCCGCACGGCGCCCACCACCAGCACCCGCACCCCCACCUGCACGCGCACCAGCUGGCCCAGGUGCACCACAUCCCCCAGCACCACCUCACGCCCUUCAGCCUGUCCGCGCUGGCGCCCUCGCUGGGCCACGCCGGGCUGCUCUCCGCUCACCCCAACGCCUUCCUGUCGGGCCAGCCCAUCCACAUCAUCCCGGCCUCCGCCCUGCACCACACCCAGCUGGCCCUGCACCACAUGCCCCACGCCGCGCUCUACCCCACCCUCUUCGCCCCCCGCCCCGGCAGCGCUGCUGCCACCGCCGCCGCCCUGCAGCUCCACCCUUUCCUCCACCCCAUCUUCUCGGGACAGGACCUCCAGCACCCCCCCGGCCACGGCUCCUGAGGCCGGCCCCGCCUCCGCCCUGCUGCCAGGGGGGAGGGGCCUCCCGCGGCUCCACCCACAGGAAGUGGCGGGGGGGGGGCUGUGACUGAUUGCAGCUGAGUCCGGAGUCGCGUGGGGAUCGGAGUACUCGCCACGUGAGAGGAAACGACAGACGUGGCGGCAGGGACGUCAGCUGACACGGAGGCGUUGCCAUGGAGGCAGAGCGGAGGAGGGAGAGAGAGAGAGAGAGACGUUCUGUCGUCCCCUGUCCCACGCCCACUGGAUUCUGGGAAUCGGGCCUGAAGCGUAUAGAGGUGGAAAAAUGUCUGAGGUGCUCUGUGCAGCUCAUCUCCUGGGAAACCAGGAAAAGCACUGGAGUGUUCUUCAAGUUUGUUGUUAAUGUUGCUGUUAAUGUUCUUCUUUAAUUCCUGUUUGUUUUUCAUACAGCCAAAGAGAUGCAAACGGCUGAAGCCACAGGUAGGGUCUACCCCAGUCUGUGUUGUGUAGCAGGACGGGGGUGGGGAGUCAGGGGCUCCCCGAAAUGUUAGUGGCUUGGACUCGGAAGCAAAUGAGCCAAUGAGAAAGCUUGUGGUCCUCCGUACCGAAACGCCGUGCGGUGGGACGCCCGUCCCGCGCUGUGACGUGCUCUCGUCAUGCUGUCGGCCGCGAACGCAAGCUCAGCCGAUGUUAUCGCUCGUUCACACUGUGAGGUCACGCUCCCGCCGCGCCUUUACCGCGAUGGCGUGCCCAGGCAGACCUCAGCGCCGUGUAAACGGAGGAGAGCCGCGCCGUCGUACCCUGCGCCGGUCCGCCCUUGGACCCGGUCGAGAGGCCCGUGCCCUAAUCGCGGUCAUUUACCGGUGAUUUAUGAAAUGAUUUCGGUGGAAUCCCCUCCUCUGGAUUCCAGGGGCGCGAGCCCGUUGUCUUUGUCGCCGUGGCGAUACAGGGAAGCAUUCAGCCCGGUUCCCAUGCCCACUCGAGCGCUGUACCGUGACCGCGAACGCAGAGAGGAACCGCGCUUCGGUCAGGCGGUCUGCCCGCGACUGUGCGCAGUACACAGAGAAACCGUGUUUCGGUCAGGGGGUCUGCCCACUACAGUGAACGCAGAGAGAAACCGUGUUUUGGUCAGGGGGUCUGCCCGCGAUCGUGUGUGCACACAACGCUGAGAGAAACCGUGUUUUAGUCAGAGCAUCUGCUCCCAUUAAAUGAGGAACUCAAGUUAUCAAGUUGCACUGAAAAUCUUUGCAUAAAAUGCUGCUUUUCGUAGCAUGUAACAGUUGUAUGAUUGUAGUAUACUGCAAUAAUUUUAUUUUUUAUUUUGUUUGUAUUUAAAUUAUUUUACGAGCUGCUCUGUGAAGAGCUGGUGUUCUUUUUUCUCUGUAAUAUAGCUGAGUGUAAAAUUUCAACAAAAAAAAUUAAAAAGGGGAUGUGGUAUAGUUGAACUGACUUGUAAACCUGUUGGGGUUUGUAGUUCCUGUUAACAGUGAACUUAAACAAUAAUGAUGAAUACACUGAAAACUAGUGAACGGACGUACUUGGCGUGUAGAUUUCUUCAAAGCCAGUACGUUUCAGAGGUUCAGAACUCUUUUGAAUAUGAAGUGAAUCCUAUUAAAGGUGAGAAUGUGCUUUGCUUUUUAAUUUAAUUCGGUACGUUUGUAAAUAAAAGCUGAUGACACGCA